GAGGGGUAACAGGGUAGUUGGUCCGUUAGAACUAACUACCUAACGCAGCCGAGGCGUUGGAUCAAUGGCAGCAUCACCUGCCUCGCCUGCACCCAAGUUCGAAUUUUUAGUUAGUGUAAAAAAAAAAAAAAGAACUAACUACCUAACUAUGUUUUGCUGAAUGGAAUUGGAAAAUACGGUGAUGUUUGGGAGUGAUGGUAGUGCUUCAAGCGCAAGAGAUAGAGAGAGUGUUGUGGCGGUCCACAACGGUGUCGCAUCUCCGACAAGUACACUCGCUCCUUCUGAAAUCGUGCCUCCUCCGCCACCCUUUUCUGGUUUCCGUCUUCAUCUCCUGCGCGUCCUCCAUCUCCCUCCCUUACGCCCAUUUCUUCUUCCGCGCCCUCCCCGCCACUCCCCCACUCUUCACCUUCAACCUCCUCAUUAGGGCCUUCUCUCAAACCACCCCUCUCCACUCCCUCACCCUCUUUCGCCACCUGCACCAAACUCCCCCCUUUUCCCCUGACAACUUCACUUUCCCUCCCCUUCUCACUGCAUGCGGUCGCGCUUCCUCCCUUCCCCUUGGCGGUUCCAUCCAUUCUUUGAUCCUCAAGAUGGGUUUCACCUGUGAUCCAUAUAUCAACAACACCCUUUUCAAGAUGUAUGCUGACUGCGGCGCACUGGGGUUCGCCCGGAAGGUGUUCGAUGAAAUGCCCGUUAGAGAUGUUGUGUCUUGGAGCUCUAUGAUUUCUGCGUGUGUUUCUCGGGGAUUUCCUUGCCAUGCAAUGGCUGCGUUUUUCCAGAUGGGGAUGGAGAAUGUGAAGCCUAACUCCGUUACUUUGGUGAGCUUGCUUUCUGCUUGCACCAAAAUGCUCAACGUUGGUGCUGGAGCAUCAAUUCAUUCUCACAUUGUGAGGAAUCAAGUGGAAUUGGAUGUUGGUUUGGGCACUGCUUUGUUUGAGAUGUACGCAAAGUGUGGGCAGAUUGACAAAGCCCUCCAGGUCUUCGAUUCAAUGCAUGAGAAGAACCUCCAGUCUUGCACAAUCAUGAUAUCUGCUCUUGCAAAUCAUGGCCGCCAAAAGGAUGCUAUUUCGCUGUUCUCCCGGAUGGAAGAUAUGGGGUUGCAGCCAGAUAGUUUGUCUUUUUCUGCAAUUCUUUCUGCUUGCGGCCACAUGGGACUUGUUUCUGAGGGUAAAAUGUAUUUUGAUAGGAUGGUGAGAAUGUAUAGCAUAAAGCCAACUGUUGAGCAUUAUGGAUGCAUGGUUGACUUGCUGGGAAGAGCUGGCUUGAUUGAGGAAGCUCAUGAUAUGAUCAAGAACAUGCCAAUGGAGCCGAAUGCUGUCAUAUUAAGGAGUUUUCUAGGUGCUUGCAGGAAUCUUGGGUGGGUUCCUAGUUUGGAUGGAAAGCUUUUGUCUAAAUUGGAGUCUGAAUUGGGAGCAAACUAUGUGCUUACUGCCAGUAUUUUUUCCACCUGUUCUUCCUGGAAGGAUGCCAAUGACUUGAGGUUAGCCAUGAAACACAGAGGGUUGAAGAAGACUCCUGGUUGUAGUUGGGUGGAGGUGCAAAAUUGAUUUCCAAUAUAUGUUGAGAAGAGGCUAAGUUUUGAUCCAGAGAAGCUUUUGUUUACCAAACAUAUUUGUACAUUCUUUCUUGUCUCGUUGCAUUAUUGAUUGCAAUCAAAUGUACACAAACACUGACUCUUACAGAUGCUAGGAGAUAGGAACACGGGAAAAUGAAAAUACAGAUGAAUUUUACUGAGGUUUCAACUCUUACUCCGUUUGGGAUUAUGGUUGAUGUUUCAAGUGCCUUCUUCAUGCUUAAGGAAAAAGUUUUGGCAUAUACAGAGAAAAAAUGGGAAGCAAUGCCGGCGAAGUUCUCUGACCUUAAUGCCAUUUUCCAAAAAUACCUGAAGUCACAGAGAGAGUAACAUGGGGUAUCCGCUUCGUGAGUAACUAGUAAGUCUUCACAGUAAAGAAGGACCCUUGACUUUUGAUAUCCGAAUCUCCAAUUUGUUUUAAAAUGUGUAUUAUUUAAUAUUUAUUGUCAUGCACCUUUUAUGAUGAGGUGGAACUACAGUUUAAUUUAUGUGCUUCUGUAUCCUGGUUUAUGGACUUCCAAAAAUGCCACAUAUUAUUUGCCUGCAUUAUCCCCCUUUGCUUUUUAUAUAAUGGGGAGAUUUGCUUUUUUUCAUUUUAGCAGGCAAUUUCCUUUUCAAUUGUUAUUUAUUGUCCUACUCCUAGUGAUUCGUGCGUCCUUGUAUAUAAUAAGAUAAAGUUGAUUGGCUUAUAUGGGCUUAUGGCGAAGGCUAUUAUUGACUCCAAUAAGUCCAUCAUUCUGCAAACCAUGCACACCGCCACUCUGGUAUGCGGUUACCCUUACGGAAAAAAUCUCCUCUCUACUUUUAUCCAGAUCAAAUACCCUUCUUGACUAGUUGAACAUCCCAUGGUUCUGACAUUCGUAUUCUUGUAUUCACUGAGGAACCCCAGAAGAAAAGAAAAACGUAUUAGCAUCCCAACAUUGUUUCUGUUGAUGAUGUCUUAAUAUAUAGUUAAUACCAAGAUGCAUUAAUGUACUGAACUAAAAAACAAAUGGACAGCUGGCCUUGUACCUGGUGAUCUUCUGCCUUUGGAAAAAUAUUUGUCUAAUAACUAUUUUUUAUCUACUUGCUUGAAAUUUAUCUCUUGAGCAAAAGAAGUAUUAUGGUUUCCACUAUAGUUGGGUCCCAACAUUCCAUUCUAGACGAGAAAUGAUAAAUUUUAAGGACCAAAUGUUAAAUGACCACAAAAAAUAAGUCAUUUUAUAUAUAUUUUUUACUUUGUACUUGUUCACACUCCAGUGCUCCACACUCAGAGAGUCAACAUAAACACUGUCUCCAACUAGUGAUUCCCACUUCCAUGGCUUAUUCAGUGAACAGAUCAAGUUCAGGUUUCAGCUUCUCAGAGCAUUGGCUCAUAGUAGUAGCAAGUGCUGUGAUUUGUGGAUUCUUGGGGUACAUAGUGUAUGAUGCAGUGAUGGCUACUGCAUCAGAGUUGCUGCAACGCUUGCUGGUAAUUUCUCCGUUGCUCUUAAUCAUCGUUGUUCACUGGCUCUCCACUGGCAGCCAAUUAAGCUUCCCCAUGCCAGGAUCUGAGCCAGGUGCCAUCCACAGAGCUGGUGGUUCCCCUUGGGGUGUUGCCUUUGUGUUACUGCUUCU